UCCUGGCGUGGCUGGGCCAGGGUGUCCAACCAACCCCCAAGCCCCUCUGCUGUGACCCCCCCCCCCGCCCGCAUUCGGGGAACCGGGCGCUUCCUCCUCUGCGUGGCUGCUGCUCAGGCAGCACAGCCACACGCCGCAUCCACACCCACGGUCACCACGCGUCACCACCGCUGCUGCUUCUCCGCGAGUAUUGGUUACAACUGCUGUUGCUUUUGUACUCACUGCUCCUACUAAUACUACUGCUGUUGUUACUGAUCCUACUGCUGCUACUCCUUCUGCUACUACGACCCAAUACUUCUGCUACUACUGUUAUUUUCACUGCUGCGACUGCUGUCACUGCUCCGACUGUUUGCUACUGCUGCCAACACUACGCCCAGUGCGUGCUGUGUUGUUGUUGGUGGUGGUGGUGAUGAUGAUGGCCGUGGCUCUGUAGGUGGCGGGGGAGCCUCCCACUCCCCACGUCCUCUGAAAUCCACCCGAGGGAAACUCCACCAACUCCACCUCCACCAACUCCACCAUCACCACCACCAAUAACGACGACUUCAACAGUUGUGGGCAGAUUGAGUAAAGACUCAAGACUCGCAAGUAGCCGGUUCAUUUAGCCUCGUGCGCCGAGCUGUAGGGAUUGUUUACAAGUAGCUGUUUUGAUUUGUAGAGACCGGCUAGCGUUUUUUGUUAUUAUUUUUGUGGGGGUUUUGUUGUUAUUUUUGGUCGUAUUAAAUGGCGUGCUGCCAAAGUCCACAGCAGAAGGAACAGAAGAUAAUUAAUGACCUCAUCGAAGAUCAGAUUCGCAAGUCCAAGAGGACUCGGGAGCUGAAGCUGCUGCUACUGGGCACGGGCGAGAGCGGCAAGAGCACCUUCAUCAAGCAGAUGCGCAUCAUUCACGGCUUGGGCUACACCGAGGAGGACCGGCGAAGCUUCGCCAAGCAGGUCCACCAGAACGUGCUGGCCAGCAUGCAGAGCCUGGCGCAUGCCAUGCACACCCUGGGCAUUCCGUACGAGAAGGAGAGCAACCGGGUACACGCACGCUUUGUCCAGGAGUUGGACUCCAUGAAGGUGAACAGCCUGAAUGACCAGUGUGCUCGCGCCAUCGCCAGCCUGUGGGCCGACGCCGGCAUUAAGAACUGCUACGAGCGCCGCCGGGAGUUCCAGAUCAGCGACUCCACCAAAUACUACCUGAACGACCUGAGCCGGCUGGUAUCCCCCAGCUACGUGCCCACUCAGCAGGACGUGCUGCGAGUCCGCGUGCCCACCACCGGCAUCAUCGAGUACCCCUUGACGCUCAACAAGAUGGUCCUUAGGAUGGUGGACGUGGGGGGGCAGCGGUCCGAGCGGAGGAAGUGGAUCCACUGCUUCGAGAACGUGGAGUCCGUCAUGUUCCUGGCGGCGCUCAGCGAGUACGACCAGGUGCUCAUGGAGGAAGGUCACGUGAACCGCAUGCUGGAGAGCCUGGCGCUGUUCAGCACCAUCCUGGAGUGCCGGUGGUUCGAGACAUCCUGCAUCAUCCUAUUCCUGAACAAAAAGGACAUCCUGGAGGAGAAGGUGCAGCAGUCGAACCUCGCCGAUUACUUCCCGGCCUACAGAGGCAAACCAAAGGACGCAAAGGCCGCCCAGCAGUUCAUCCAAGAGCUGUACCUCCAGGCCAACAAGAACAAGAGCAAGAUCGUGUUCUCGCACUUCACGUGCGCCACCGACACCGACAACAUCCGCAUCGUGUUCACCGACGUGCGCCACACGGUGCUCAGCGAGAACCUCAAGGUCCACAACCUCAUCUAAGAAGCCUCAUCCCUCCGUCCCCCUCGCACACCGAGCGGCAGCUUCCGUCCGCUUGCAAGCGACGAGCGAUGCCGCCACCAGCAGCGCCACCACCAUUAACAUCACCACAGGCUCUGCUGCAACUACAAUAACCACCAACGACGCGACGCCACCACCACCGACGUCAUCCCCAAAUCACCACGCUGCAUCAACAGACACACCAGGGUGUCAGGACUGCCAGUAAACCUUUCCCAUCGUCGCCAGCGCGAGCCAUGUCCUGCGGAAGCAGAGGGCCACCCUAGAUGGAAGAGACGCUGACGUGCAGCGUCUGUUUAGGAUUCCGUGACCUGUCGCACAGCAGCGCAACUAAACUGAGUUCGCGGCUGCGAAUGAAUCCUCUCUAUAGGAUGAGCUGUCCUUUAAUCAGUGAUGAGCCGGGAACCCGCAAAGGAGACAGAAGACCUCGAAGAACCCCGGAUCUCCGUUUAAAUACUGGGUACAUUUUAGUUGUCAUGUGAACACAGCGCACAGCGCACUUUUAUGUCGAUCGGAACCCAAGCAAGCCACCGUGGCCCACGUAGUCGUGAGACCUUACUUCGCCAUCACGUGUCCUGACCUCUCCGGCGCAAACUUGGGGGCUGAGAUGAUGGCAUGAUCUAUAAAUUACAUGUAAUUUAAAUAUGUAACUUCAUUAAUCGUAUAAUUUGGUAUCUAAAUUAUACCUCAUUGAAAUUGGCAACUUUAAUCAAAAUUACACGUGAUGCAGUUUAAUCGGUUGUCUAUAUCUAUAAUGAUACUCUACAUUUUAAACAAUGUACGGACACUAUAUUAGUCAAUAGUAGGACAGCCGUUGUAGAUCUUGCAAUAAACCAGCUGCAGUUCAUAAAGAACUGAAUCGUAGUCUUCUUGUAUUAGGUGACCAUCACAAUAAAUGUGAGGACAUAUAACUGCCAACAGCAGUGAUGAUGACGAUGCAGUCAUAGACAUAUGUGGACCAGCUUCAUCAUCAUUAGGACUUAUAAGCACGGUAUAGUUACCAAUGCUGACUGCUGCAGAAUCUGCCUCUGCAAACCGUAUAUUUGGAGUCCCCACUUCCAUUACAUUACUGCAGUGGUCUGAACAUUGAGGGACUCUCCCGGACAAAGUGCGAGUAUCUCGCAAACAUAAUGAAAAGCCAUAACAUCGAUGUUCUAACACUCCAAAAAACCCACGUCUUGGAUACCCUACAUGCCAGUCACUUCAACAGCCAUGGAUACAACCUCACGACAAGCCACGGCCACCCAAAAUGUGACUUGGCCAUAUACGUGAAGAACGCCAUCACACACAUAUACGCAUUCCCACUUAACUAAACUAUUUUAUUUUAUUUUACCAGGUAUGGUCCACUUAGCUAUAUAGCUCUUUUUCAGAAACGACCUGGCCACAAAUGAUAGCUCAGUGACGUGGCUAAUCAUGUGUAAAUGUAUAGCAGCCAAAUACUCUAAACGCAUGGAACUGAAAAAGAAGCCAACAGCAUCGAGAUGGGGAGCUGCACGUCACCAACCUUUACAAAGCCUCUAAUUCAAAAUGUCUAAAGCCAGCACUCCCAAGUGCACCGAUCCCAGUCCUAUACGUUGGUGACUUUAACAGCCACCAUGCUACGUGGAGCUAUGCAUUAAAUCAGACCGACGGCGAAGACCUCACUGACUGGAUGUCUGCCGAAGAUUUGCACCUGAUUUUCGAUCCCAAGUAGCAAGCAACAUAGGCCCAUCAUCACCCACAUCGGCAUCGAAAUCCCCAUGAUUCUGUCAAAACGAUUACCAAAGUGGAACCUGGUUAAAGCUCACUAAGGAGGCUUUAGAAAGAGUGGUGAGUCAAAUUGCUGUGCCACCGGAAUACUAUCACCAUUUUGUUGGCCUUCUGACUGCAGUUGCCAAGAAGAGCAUCCCCUGAGGCUUCCGGAAAGAUUCUACUCCCUGCUGGACAAAAGAGACCCAGGACCUGCUCCGACAGUACAACCAGUCGGGCAUCCUACAGGUUGCAAAGGCCCUGCUAGAGUCUUUACACACUUCGGCCGCCAUGCCUGGGCCCCACUACGACGCCUGGGUGCUGCUAAUUCAAUAGAAUACUGAACUGCAAGAGUCCUACCCAACUCUAUAGCCUCCAUACUAGUGGAGAACACAAAAGCACAGCUCGACAAAAACAGCAAGUGAGAGAUCCAUCACUAAUUACGCCAGGUAACGGCCUCAAUUUCUUCUCAAUUAAGAAAGGCAAGGCUGCCGGCAGAGAUGGUGUCCCCCAUGAAUUCCUCCAUCACUUAGGCUCAAGGGGACUCCACCAAAACCA